AUGAAUUGGCAACGUAUGAACAUAGUUAUUGAUCGCUACGAGAGGUUGACCACUAGUCAAUUACGGGAUUUGCGUAAGCUUCAGAAAAUGGCUAUGAACCCUAGCACAGAUUCGGAAUCCGUUAGGAACCAGAUAAACCAAAUAGGUCAACAACUAGAGUCUAGUCUCGCUCAGCUUCUCAGUGAACGCGGUAAUCUUGAUUCUUCGGAACAGAAACAUUUCGAUGAACGGACAGAGCAAGUUAGGAAACAGAUACAGACAGCUAUACGGGUGUCAGGAGCACUUCCACCAUUGACCUCGAAGAAUCCGUUCUUGGAUGAAGAUUCUGAAGAAGCUAAUCCGUAUGAGGCUGAGAGUAAAAGAUAUGUACAAGAGAGUAACGCUCGUAUGUUGGAAAUGAAGGCAAAAGCAGAAGAGGCACGAAUGACUGCUGAAGCAACUGCCAAGUUGAACAAGGAUAUGCGCGAUCUGGAAGAAAUUUUUGCGGAGCUGGCUACGAUAGUUCAUGAACAGCACGAGGUUGUGGAUUCGAUUGAGGAACACGUUGAGCGGGCCACUCACGACAUUCAACAUGGAAAUGAACAGCUCAAGAAAGCAAUACGGCACAAGACAAAUCAGACAACAGUGGCUGCUGCUGUCGUUGGAGGACUUGCCGUGGGAGGUCCCGUUGGAGUAGCUGCUGGUUCAGCUGUUGCAGGUAUAGCUGCUGGUAUUGGAGGUCUCGUGGCAGGUAUUUACGGUGGAAAGUGGUUCAGAAAUACAGUAAGAAAAGAUUGUGAUGUAAACAACUAA